AUGGAGGAGCGAUGGUGGAAGCGCGUGGCGCUGCGAGGCGAUCGCGUUGCUCUUGUGCCCUAUCAGCGCGAUCACGUCCCCAGGUAUCACUCCUGGAUGCAAAAUCCCGAGCUUCUGGAGCUCACUUGCUCCGAGCCGCUGUCUCUCGAGGAAGAAUACGAAAUGCAGGGCUCUUGGGCAUCGGAUCCAAAGAAAUGUACGUUCAUAGUUUUGGACAGAGAGCUCAUCACUGGCGAUUUGGCUCCAUCUCUUCCUUUUGUAAAUGCGAUGAUUGGAGACGUGAAUCUCUACAUGAACGACGUUGAGAAUUCUAGUGUAGCAGAGAUUGAGAUCAUGAUCGCCGAGCAUGGAAGCCGCAGGAAAGGAUUUGGAAGAGAAGCAGUCCAGAUUAUGAUGGCCUUCGCUAGCAAAAAUCUAAACAUUCAAAUAUUUCGUGCAAAGAUAGGAGACGAAAACGUGCGAUCUAUCGAUCUUUUCAAAACCCUGGGAUUCAAGAAUGUGAGCCACAGCAAGCCGUUUAAGCAGGUGACAAUGGAAUUUACUCCGACCUCGAAUACACUUCCGCGAGAUGUAGAAGUGGUUCAUUAGCUUCUUGCAGCACCCUGUAUUUCUAAAAGCCAACGAAGCGUAGCAACGUGUACAUCUGUGCUGGCAGAAAAGCGAUCUUUGUCCGCCCAGCUUCUCCGAAGAACUCACAGAAAAGUAGCAGCUCAGGUCGUUCUCUUCUCGCUGGAUGCAUUUAAUUCCAUCCUUGUAACGCAAAAGUUGCCUCUCAAAAAAGAUUGCUCCGUGUGGGACACGAGGAUGCUCCAUUAUCUCUCAGCUACCAGUACAAUACUUUGAUUCUCCAGUCCACCGUCUUUGAUUCACCAAACAAGACAGGAUGAGCCCUCCACUCCACUGAUCCGAAACAAGAGAUGUUGGGAUCGCUGUUUGACUUCGUGUGUAUUUUAAGUCGGGUAUGGUUUUAUCGCCUUAGAAUCUCUCCUUCUUUCUUGACUAACUUGUUGCUGUGGCAGGCUCUCUCAGUGGAGACUGCUGGACAACCGGCCUGAUCGUGUUCUGGAGCGCCGAGUUCUUACGAGUAAGCCAUGGCUGAACGCUCUCACUGUACUUGAUGGCGAGGAAGAACAAGAACCUGUAGACUAUAAUCAUCAAAAACACCACUGCGAGGUUCCACCAUUUCGAGCGGCCGACUGGUAUCUCAUAAACGUCCUGAAGAAUAAAUUUUCCUGGAAUCUUUGUUUCCCUGCCAGGCACAUUAAAAUUCUCGUUCAGCUUUCGGGGGAGCAGAGAGAAGCAUGAAAGGCUACCUGCAACGAAUACAUGUGGAAACCAAUGUAGGACAGCGGGAACUUCCAGAACGCCUUUGGCAAGUCACCUGGCAAACGGAAAAAUCCCGCAACGAGCAGAAAGAUACCCUGUCAUCAAGAAGUCAGAGCAAGCGAAAGUAUGUCACCAGGCCA